AUGCGCAGUGAGCGCGGCGCAUCCCCCCGUUGCCGUGGCAACGGGAGCCGCGCAUGCGCAGCAGCGGGCGCUCACCUGCGCUCAGGUGUCCCCAUGGAGCAGGGGGAGAGCGGGGCGGCCCCGGGAGCGCAGGUGGAACCGGCAGAGCCCGAACCUCAUCCCGAACCUCAUCACGAACCCAAUCCCGAACCCGAUCCCGGGGCUGAUCCCGAUCCCGGGGCUGAUCCCGAUCCCGGGGCUGAUCCCGAUACCGGGGCUGAUCCCGGUCCCGGGGCUGAUCCCGAUACCGGAGUUGAUCCCGGUCCCGGGGCUGAUCCCGAGCCCGAACCCGAGUCCGGGGCGGAUUGGGAGCGGCAGCAGCGAAUCGCCGCCCGCCGGAACCGCCUCGAUGCCCGGCGCCGGGAAGCCCUUGGGGAGAAGGUGGAGCAGGAGGAGGAGGAGGAGGAGAAGGAAGAGGAGAGGAAGAGCCUGAAGCUGAUCCAGGAGACCGGGAAGGUCCUGGCCAAGCUCCUGUUCCACGGGACGCAGCUGGUGACCAACGUCCGGGUGGAAUCCGAUCUCCGGGAAUGGCGGAGGCGGGAAAAGGAGCGCCCGGAGAAGCUGAGGAGGCUGGAAAAGCUGGAGACGGAGGCCAAGCGCGGCACGGAAAAGUUGUCGGAGAUCAACUCCAGGUGGGGCUCGGCCGAGGAGCUGAAGGUGCCGCAGGAAUUGUGGGAAUUGCUGGAGCAGCAGCAGGAGCAGUGCCAGCAGCUCCUGGCCGAGAAGAACCGGCUGAUCCAAGAGCUCCGGCAGGAGCUGCAGGCCAGGGAUGAGGGGUACGAGCAGGCCCUGAAGGAGCAGGCGGAGGAGAUCCGGCUGCUCCUGGAGAGGAUGGAAGAGCAGACCCGGAAUAUGCUCAGGACCUACCGGCACCACCUCCGGCAGAUGGAGAAAACCUUUGAGGAGGAGCGCCGGGAAAUGCUGGCCAACAACCGGAAAAGGUGGAACGAGGCCAUCCGGGCCCACAACGAGCAGGAGCUGGAAUUCCUGCGGCAGCGGAUGGAGAAGGCGCGGGAGUUUGAGCAGCAGCUGAACGAGCUGCAGGCCGAGAGCACGGAGAGCUACGACCGCAUGAAAUCCCAGCUGGAACAGGAUGUGCAGUACCUGGAGAAGAAGCUGCGUCAGAUGAAGGGAAUGUUCCACCUGAACCAGGUGAAGCUGGAAUACGACCUGGACGUGCUCCGGCAGCUGGAUCUGGAAAAUUCCACGAUCCGAUCCCUGCAGAAGCGGAAAAUCACCCGAUUCCAGACGUGCCUCAGCCUCCUGAGGGAGAGGAUGGCCCGGCAGGAGGAGAAAUUCCAGGAGGAAAAGCGGAGCCUGGAAUGGGAACUGCGGCGGAUCACGGGGCAGUUCCAGGAGACGCGGAGCCGGAUGAGGCAGCUGUCGCAGAGCAGCGCCGAGAGGUUCCGGCAGGUUUGGAUCGUCAACGAGGAGGAGGCCAAGGCGCUGAUCCGGGAGGCGCUGGAUGCCGAUCGGAUCAUCCACGUCCAGCAGCUGGGAAUUCCCUGGGAAGAGCCGCCCCUGGGAUUCCUGGAGAACGUGGGACCCCUGGGAGGCCGCCGGGAAAAGCGGGACGCCCUGCAGGUGGCCACGGAACUGCUGGAAGGGAUGAAAUCUGGGAAAAGGGAGCGGGAAGGGAGGAGGAGCAGGAAGAAAGGUGGAGAGGGGAGGAAGGAAAAGCAGGAAAACUCGGAGCAAAGAGUCACCAGCCAGCCCAACAUUCCCAGGAAAACCCUCCGGAAAAUGCUGGAGCUCCUGAGCGAAGAGUUGGGAUUCCUGUGGGAAAACAAAUUCCUGAGGCCGCUGCGGGAGGUGGUGGGACACAGGAACAGCGUCCAGCAGCUCCGACCCCUCCUGGAGACCCUCCGGAUCGAGGACGAGGAUGACCUGCGCAAACUCCUGGAUUAUUUCCUGGAUUACGAUUCCCAGAAAGCCACCAAAAGCCAGGACAUCCCGGGAGGGGAAGAUCCCACGGAUCCGGCUCAGGAGCGAGGGAAUGCCGGAUCCCAUUCCCGGAGGGAUGAGCUCCAAUCCCCCGGGAAUUCCAUUCCCGGCCUGUCCAUCCGAGCAGACGAUAUCCUGGGAAUCCUGAAGGAAUUCCUGCGGGAUUUCGCCAAGCUGAGGGACGAAGGCCCCCCCAGGGAGAUCCAGGACGUCCGGGACAAUUCCAAGGACGGGGAAUACUGGGAAUCCCUGAGCGCCGCCAUUCCCGAGCCCACCCUCAAACUUUGGGAUGCACUGGGAGCCGCGCUCCGGGAAUACCACAAAGUGCUGACCCGGAGAUCCGAGCUCUUUUCCGAGGCCGCCGCCCUGCAGCGGCAGAACUCGGAGCUGGGAAUUCUGCUGGAGGAAUAUCUGGGAUCGGCGGAAGGCUGGUGAGGACACCGGGAAGAACAUUCCGGAUAUUCCGGGUGGGAACCGGGCGUGGAUUUCCCUGGAUCUGAUUCCCGGCCGGGGUCAAUAAACCAUUCCCAAAGCUGGAUCCAGGUGCGGAGGAGUUUGGGAAUGGGGAGAAGAUCCGGCUGUCCCAAAGAUCCAGGGAAUUCUUGGAGUUCUGGGAAGGGCCACGAAACUUUGGGGUGGAUUUUCAGAUUCCGGGAUGGAAGCGUAAAUCCCAUCCCAAAUUCC